GUGAGACGUCUGUAAGAAUGUUCAGUAUUUCUUUAAAGAAAACAUAUGAUCAUGCAGGCCGAACUGAAGUAUUUGUCAGGAUUUGGUUGUGAAUUUUCAAGCGAGGAUGAACGUUGUCCUGGAUCUUUACCUAUUGGCCAAAACAAUCCACAAAAAUGUCCUUAUGGACUUUAUGCCGAACAACUCUCUGGUACAGCUUUUACAGUACCACGUUCUCAAAACAGAAGAUCCUGGCUUUAUCGGAUCAGACCGUCCGUCAUUCACAAACCGUUUCAAAAAUUAAUAGAAAAAGAUAUUGGUCAUCUCGAUUACGAUUGGAACAUUAUGGAACCUAAUUUAAAUCAGCUGAGAUGGAAACCAUUCGACCUCCCGACAAGACAAAAUUCCGAAGUUGAUUUCGUUCAAGGACUUCAUACGAUAUGUGGUGCUGGCGAUUUUCAUGUUCGUCAAGGAAUUGCCAUACAUGUUUAUCUCUGUAAUGUAUCGAUGAAAGAUAAAGCUUUUUAUAACGCCGAUGGAGAUUUUUUAAUCGUACCACAGUUAGGUGCCUUGUUGAUCACCACUGAAUUUGGUAAAAUGCGAUGCGAGCCAAAUGAAAUAUGCGUUAUCCAACAAGGAAUGCGUUUCUCUGUAACGGUUCUUGGUCCAUCCAGAGGUUACAUUCUCGAGGUCUUCGAUAAUCACUUCCAACUUCCCGAUUUAGGACCCAUCGGUGCCAAUGGUUUGGCCAAUCCAAGAGAUUUUCAAACGCCAGUAGCUUGUUUCGAAGAUCGCGAGACAGAUUACAAAAUAAUCGGCAAGUUUCAAGGUAAAUUAUUUGUUUGCGUUCAAGAUCACAGUCCAUUUGAUGUUAUAGCCUGGCAUGGGAAUUAUGUACCUUAUAAAUACAAUCUUGAAAGAUUUAUGGUCAUCAACUCGGUUUCUUUCGAUCACUGUGAUCCCUCGAUUUUCACCGUACUUACUUGUCCUUCGUAUAAACCUGGCACUGCUGCAGCUGACUUCGUUAUUUUUCCACCAAGGUGGUCGGUACAGGAACACACCUUUCGACCUCCUUACUAUCAUCGUAACUGCAUGGCUGAAUUUAUGGGACUUAUAAAAGGAAAUUACGAGGCAAAGGAGGAAAGUUUCGAAGCUGGUGGAGCAUCAUUGCAUUCGAUCAUGACACCUCAUGGUCCUGAUACCCGAUGUUUCGAAAAUGCAACGAACAAUAAACUUGGCCCGGAACGUAUUGCUGAUGAUACUCAGGCAUUUAUGUUUGAAACUUCGUAUAGUUUAACUUGCACAAAAUGGUCUGCAAAACUGUGUAAUAAAUUGGAUGAAGAUUACUAUAAGUGUUGGGAAGGAUUGAAAAAACAUUUCAAUCUUAACAAUCAUUCUUAACGAUCUCGGAUCUAAUCUUACAAUUUUUUUUGUUUUUUUUGUUUUUUGUUAUUUCUUUCUCUAAAAAGAAAUAUUAUUUUUAUUAUAAAUUGUAGGUUUAAUUGAUACAAUUAAAAUACUAAUUAAUAUUAACUAGAAUAUUUUGUUGUUAGAAGUUCUAUUAUUUGACGUACACAUAUAAAAGCCGUAGAAAAUUAGAAAUAAGAACGAGAUUAAACUCGUUUAGAAUUUAACGAGAUGUUUAUACAUUGAUUAGGCAUUAAAACCGGAUGACGUAGGAUUUAGUUCAACUCAAGGAUAAAUUAUUAUCGAAUGUGUUUUUUCUGAUUAUAUUUAUGCUUAUGAUUACUACGAAAUAUGAUUAAGAUGUACAUAUGUACAUAUUUUAACACUAUUGUAGAAAUGUAUUGUCUUUUUUCAAUUAGAAACUCAUUUUUUCAA